AGAAAGUACAGAGAAGGUGAAGGUGAUAUGCUAUGUAAACGGUGAGGAAACAGAGCCGGUCCAGCCACUGCCCACUGGUCACAUGUUCAGAGGAGGUGGCGGUCUUUAUAAAGCUCAGAUCAACCUGGUUCUCACACUUGAAGACGUUGAUGAUGGCGAUGCUGUUGAGUUUGGUAGCUGCGGCUGCCGUGUUCCUGGAGUCGGUCUGUGCGACCUCGCUCGGGGUGGUGUACACAGAGGGAGGCAUGGUGCAGGGCGACAACAUCCGCCUCGGUUUCCGCCGCCACAUGGACGUGUUCAGAGGGAUUCCCUUCGCAGACAUGCCCGGGAGGUUUGAGAAACCAAAGCGUCACCCCGGCUGGGACGGAGUCCUGAAGGCCACUGAAUUCAGGAGCAGAUGUCUUCAGGUGAACCUUCCCAUGACGGGCCACAGAGGAAGUGAGGACUGUCUUUAUCUCAACGUCUGGGUUCCUCAUGGUAGCUCAGUGUCCACAAAUCUGCCCGUCAUGGUCUGGAUCUACGGAGGAGGUUUCUUGGCUGGAGGCUCGAUGGGUGCUAACUUCCUGGACAACUAUCUGUACAGUGGUCAGGAGGUUGCAGACAGGGGGGACGUUAUUGUGGUGACCCUGGGAUACCGUGUGGGAACACUGGGCUUCCUGAGCACUGGAGACUCUGGGAUACCUGGAAACUACGGUCUGUGGGACCAACAAGCCGCCAUCGCCUGGGUCCACAGGAACAUUCGUGUGUUUGGAGGAGACCCCAACAACAUCACCAUCUUUGGAGAGUCUGCAGGUGGCGCUAGUGUCAGCUUCCAGACCCUGACUCCUCACAACAAAGGUAUGUUUAAGAGAGCUAUCUCACAGAGUGGAGUCGCACUUUGCCCAUGGGCCGUCAACAAGAACCCGCGCAGGUUUGCUGAGGAGGUUGCUCUGAAGGUCAACUGCCCCACAGACCACAACAUGGCCGCCUGUUUGAAGAUGACUGAUCCUGAGCAAUUAACGAUGGCCGGCACUCUCAGUCUGAUCAGCUCACCUGACAAUCCUGUGGUAGGAAACCUGCUCCUGUCUCCUGUGAUCGAUGGCGACUUCCUGCCUGACCAGGUUCACAACCUGUUCCACAACGCUGCCGACGUCGACUACAUCAUCGGAGUUAACGACAUGGACGGACACCUCUUCACUGCUGUGGACAUUCCCUCAAUCAACUCCCAGCUGGUGGACACUCCAAUCGAAGAUGUGAGGAGGCUUCUGGCUUCAUACACUAAGGAAAAGGGAAAGGCUGGUCUGGACCAUGCCUACGCCACAUACACCUCACACUGGGCAUCAAACCCAGACCGAGAGACUGUCAAGAAAACCGCUGUGGCCAUUGGAACAGAUUACAUCUUCCUGGUUCCUGCACAGGCUGCUCUCUACCUUCAUGCUUCCAAUGCCAAUACUGGAAGGACGUACUCUUACGUCUUCUCCGAGCCCAACCGCAUGGGCGGCAUUGCCAAACCCUACCCCAGUUGGAUGGGAGCCGAUCACGCCGACGACCUGCAGUAUGUGUUUGGGAAACCGUUCAGCACGCCGCUGGGAUACUGGCCUCGCCACCGCGACGUCUCCGGCUACAUGAUCGCCUACUGGACCAACUUUGCCAAAACUGGAGAUCCUAACAGAGGAGGGCUGGACGUGCCUGUGACCUGGCCCCUGUUCACCAGCACCGGACAUAAGUUUGUGGACAUCCACGCGAAAAUGAACAACAACAACGCUCUGGGACAGAAGAUGAGACUGCGUUACGUUAAUUUCUGGACCAGCGUCCUGCCGAACCUGAACCCCGUCAUCUCAGAGUAAUCACACUGCAACAACUACAAUAAAUGCAAACAACUGAUGAGUCAAAAAAAA